UUUAUUCAAAUGAUUGUGUAGACCGCUAGAAAUGAUUCUUCAAAUGGGUCCACGCUGGCUUAAUCGUUAUGGUGAUGAUGACAAUUGUGGGCCCUGCAAAGGAUGUUAUGCGCGCAGCCAUUAAAGUUUUUACCCUACAAAAAUGCUCCCGCUAUCAUUUUUAUCUUCAUUCAAGACGUUGCAAUUCAUAAUUUAAGUGAUUUCGCUUUGCUAUUCCUCGUCUCUGCCUUCAGCUGGAAGAGGAGAAUUCACGAAUCACACAUUUUUUUUUAUUUCUUUCGGUUGCUGGUCGUGGGUUCGAAUCUCCUCAUGCGAUUGUAACUGGCCAAAUUUAACUCCUUCCAAUUUGAGCGAAAUCAGGUUCUAAGUGCGGCUCUUUCCAGCGGGUUCGGUCUCGUAUGUUUUAGCGGAAGAGGAUCUUUAAUUAGGGCUAUAAGGGCAACUAGGGUUGUAAGGAGAGAAAAAAAAUAGGACAUUAUUGUGUCUUGAAUUUGGAGUCGGGACAAACUGGAUUUAUUGGUUGUCCGUUAGUUUUGGAGGACUUGGCGGUGAAGUUUGGACGGAUCAGGGAGUGGUUUGUUUUCUGGCCCUGGAUCUGGCCAAGAACGGGGUGUUUUAACUGCCUGAGCUUAGCGGGGUUUGAAAAUUUGCCGAUUCUAGAGGAUAUUUUAUGUGGGCGUUGAUUUGGAGAAGCAGAAGAGGGUUUUGAUCGAUUGGUUAAUUUGUUGUAUUUUGCCACGAUUCAAGAAAAUAGGGAAUAACUUGUUUCUGAAGGCUGUUUUUUAAGAGAGGAUGACAGAGGUUGUGCUUCACAUCUAUGAUGUGACAAAUAGCGCAUCGGCCAAGACAAACAAUGUCAUCAUGCAGUUGAAUAAGAUUAUGAAGGAUGGUAUUGGUAUUGGGGGCAUCUUUCACAGUGCUGUGCAGAUUUAUGAUCUGGAAUGGUCCUUUGGAUACUGUGAAAAUGGAACUGGGGUUUUCAGUUGCCAUCCUAAGCAAAACCCUAUGUAUACUUAUCGUGAAAGCAUAAGCCUUGGAAAAACUAGUUUGUCAGCCCAUUCAGUAACUCAGAUUUUGACAAAACUGAGCAGUGAAUGGCCUGGUUAUGACUAUGAUUUAUUAUCAAAGAAUUGUAACCAUUUCUGUGACAAGUUCUGUGAACAACUGGGUGUACAAAAACUUCCAGCUUGGGUUAACCGUUUUGCAAAUGCGGGUGAUGCUGCUAUUGAGGUUGCUGAAAAUACUGCAGUGAGAUUUAGGCAGGCAAAAGCAGAAAUUGUAUCUGCAAGCAGAGUUGCAUAUCGUUUUCUUCUUGGAGGCACAUCUACAUCAGUUGCUGAGGGCCAAGGAUCUGUUCAAGGUGCAAGAUCUGCCAAUGGAGGCAAUAGCAUGUUCCAGGCCUCCUGGCUAAAAAAUCUAAGUGGUUUGAAAUCUUCACAAAAUGCACCCACUGGUGAUCACGUUCAAGUUGAAAUCUUUUAAAACAAAUAGUGGACUAGCCACGCUUGUUGCCUACUGGGUGCUUUUUCGGGCUGCUACUGGAUGAAGGAACAAUUGAAGGUUUAAGAUUGUAACGGGAGGCACAUAUGUAAGCUUGUAAGAUACUACCCUGGUAAUUUAUGUUCAGGAUUUGUCAAUCAAUAGGUUUCUGAUUCAUUUUGGAGGGCGUUCCGUUUACCGUUUCACUGAGAUGUUACAAGUAUAGCUUUUGUGUGGACAGGUGUUAUUAAGGUUGUACAUUGUCAUAAUUCAUACAUGGCCAUGAUUUGCCAAAUUGAUUCCUUAUAACCGUGUAAUCAUUUAUGGAAAUUUCUCGUAAUUGCUCGUAGAAAUGUCAAAAUAUAUUAGCAGCAAUGGGAAACUUUAUUCACAUGUUUUGAUUCAUCUUAUUUGGUGUAAGAUUUUGCACGGUUACAUUGGCAGAGGUGUUUUAAUGCAAAAUCUCAUUUGCCCUUCAGCAAAAUGUAUCAUGAAUUUGGUUGUCAAUAUAUUGUUUUUUGUGUGUAUUUAAAAGAAA